AUGAACAUGGCACGGAGCUGGAGCGUGGCCGUGCUGGCGGCCAGCAGCCUCGUCGGCACGGCCAGCGGCACGUCCAUGUACGCCUUUUACCCGGGCCCCAACAAGGGCGUGCAGAUUGGCACGCAGGACCCCAAGACGGGCGACAUCUGGGUCAACAACUGCAACGCCAACAUUGACGGGGCGCCGCUGUUUCCCACGGCGAACCCGCUUGUGCUGAAGACGGAGAACCAGCCCAAGAAGGGCGGCAGCAUGGCGGCCACGGGCUGGUGGGAUUCGUCAAAGGUGGUGGCCUCCAUCUUCUGGCACUCGGACUCUGGCAAACUCAUCAACGGCUUCUACAACUGCAACCCCGAGUCCGGCACCUUGAUCCAGUCGGGCGAGUACAUCAUCUCGGACAGGGCCAACGUCACAGACAUCCACCCCAACACGGGCCUGUCGGUCGAGCUGCUGGGGAGCACUGCGGGAUACCGAGUCUACUAUCACGACAAGGACAGCCAGGUGCAUCAGCUGUCGUACACGACGGACACGGACUGGCUCUACUACGGCGCGGUGUCGCAGGAUCCCACGUUGGGCCAGGCUUUGACGUCGCUGCAUUCCAACACGUAUAACAUUUCCGUCAUCUUUCCCAAGAACGACAAGGAUAUCGAGGUGUCGCGGUACAACACGGACGGCACUUGGCACAUUUCUGCGUUCCCAGAGGCAAUCGACAAUGCUCCCACAAACAAGACGGCGCCCUCCAAGAUCGACAUUGACCCCGAUGUGAAGCCCAAGUUCUCCCUCCCCGCCUGGAACGGCAAGCCCGGAGGCAUGGGCUCCGCCGUCGACAAGUCCAACACGCGCACUGCCUUUUACAUUGGCAGCGACAGGAGGCUCUACGAGGUGGCCAGCAUCAACUUCAUCUGGCAAAACAUGCCCAACCAGAGCAGGUCGGCGUGGCCCCUGGCUGACGACGCAAACGCCGAGCUGGCCGUCACCUACAACCAGGCCACCAGCGAGGCUUGGGUGUACUACGUCUCCAACAGCAGCCUCGUCCAGGCGUACCGGGGCUCCGACGGCUCGUGGGGCAACCACACGGUGCUGCCCACCUCGACCCGUUCUUCGGGAGGCGGUUCGGACGGCGACGGCGACGGUUCCGGAUCCGGAGACGACGACGACGACAACAACAGCCAGGGGGCCGGCUCCGGACUUUCCGGGGGAGCCAAGGCCGGCAUCGGCAUCGGCGUCAGCGUCGGAGCCAUCGGCGUCGGCUUGCUGGGCCUCUUCUUCUUCCUCCGGCGGCGGAAGCAGCGAGCGGCCGCCAGCGCGGCCGAGGCGGACAAGGAGCAGCCGCCCAUCAACUUGGGUCAAUACCACUCUCCCAGCGAGCAGGCUUUGUAUUACAUGGCUGACGGAAGCGUAGCACCGGCAUACACCCCGCAGACGCCGUACGACUCGCCCGACGCGGUGAAGAAGGCGUCGCCCGACAUGAGCAUGCACCCGGCCAACAUGAACACGGCCAUGGCGUCGCCGCUGGUGGAGAUGGAGCAGCCGCCGACGAUUUAUGAGUUGCCGCAGACGAAUUAUAGUUAUGAACUUCCCGCGGAGACGGUAGAGCGCAGGUGA